ACCCUAAAUGAGGCUGUCUGGGAUUUCUUAAAGGGAUAAUAUGCAGCCGGUUCUCUCUGGAGCUAACCGAACAUUUUAUUCCAAAUGUUAGCCUUCCUCCUGUCGUGAAGAUGGAGAUUUUGCUACGCGAAUAUACUCAUGUUGGUCCUUGAAAAAGAUUUUUCAGGGGAAUGCAGUCAGCAACAGAGGAGAACAGUUGUGAUGGCACCUCGGGUGUGCCUACGGGCUCGAUGGUGCAAGUGUGUUUCCCCAAUGUGCAGACAUCUGUGCUGGACAGCCUUAAUCGACAGCGUGAGGAUGGGCAGCUGUGUGACCUCUCCAUACAUGUGCAGGGACACGUUUUUAAAGCCCACCGCUGCGUGUUAGCUGCCUCCUCUCCGUACUUCCAUGACCAGGUGCUACUGAAGAACAUGUCCACAGUGUCCAUCCCAGCUGUUAUGGACCCGCUGGCUUUUGAGCGAGUCUUAAGCUGUGCCUACACCGGCCAGCUGCAAAUGCUGCGUGAAGACAUCGUCAACUACCUCACCAUUGGGAGUGUGCUCCAGAUGUGGCACAUCGUGGACAAGUGCACGGAACUACUCAAAGAGGACAGAGGCAGUUCCUCUGGGCCACAGGGUACAGGUCCAUCCUCAGAGAGCACUAGAUGUAGCAGUGUUGCUAACAGGGAUGCGUAUGGAGCCGAAGGACACACGCAGUCUACGGUGCAACCUCUGAACCGUCCCUCACUGAUCGAGAGUCAGUCUCCCAGCAGUACAAACUACUUCAGCCCCAAAGAUGCAAGUUUUGGUGGCGCAAUGGCGAGUACUGGAACAGUGGGAGAUGGAGGCAUACAUUCCACUCCUAACUACUGCAUGCCUUCCAGUCGAGAAGAUGCUUUCCUAAUCGAUGAGGAGGAGGAGGAGGAGGAGGAGGAGGAUGAGGAUGAGCUUGUGUACCCAAGGAAACAGGAGCAGGGGAGCGGCAGGAGGAAGAAGCCUACGCCGGCCUCGGAUCAAGAAAUAGGAGUGAGUGACAGUUUCGGGGUUUCGUCCUACCAAGAUAUAGAGCCCUCGCCACCGCAGAAGCGCCCCAUGUACAGUCAGCCGAGCAUCAUGCCUCGGAAGCAGUGGGUGGUGGUGAAAACCGAGCGCUCCAGGGACGACGACUUCAUCGUGGUCUCUGGAGAAGAAGGGGGUGAAAACGAAGAUGAACAAGAGUUAGAGAUUGCCAAGGAGCGAGAAAGGGAGAGGACGUUUAAUAUUUCUAACGUUAGGACUCUUUCCGCAGACCUCAGCAGCAGGGAGGAAAUUGAAGCACAGGUUGACUACUGCCAAUCACCGGAAGACUACCUCAAGUUUGAAAGUGGCUUGAUGGACCAAACGUCAUCACAGCACACGUUGGAGAACCCGAGUCAGAGUACCAGUCGAGCAGUUACUGCAUUACUGAGCUCGGUCCAGACAGCCGCUGCCAGAACACAGCUCUUCCCACUGGACAUGCAAGGGAACCAGAUUCUUCUCUAUAACCAAGCUUCUCCUACGCUUGGCCUGCAAGAAGCGUUGCCUGGGGUGUCAUUAAAAGGAACUUCGGAGCACGGAACAGUGCACUUGACUGGGCAGGGUGGAAUGGAUGGUGGCUUAGACGGGUUCGACGGCAACGGGGCCGGCACCGCAGGCAAAGUCUUCAUGUGCCACUGUGGCAAAAGGUUUACUCACAAGAGCAUGCGAGACCGCCACAUCAACAUGCAUCUUGAUCUGCGGCCUUUCCACUGUCCAGUUUGCUCCAAGAAGUUCAAGAUGAAGCACCAUCUGACGGAGCACAUGAAGACACACACUGGUCUGAAGCCCUACGACUGCAUUAGCUGUGGGAAAAAGUUCAUGUGGCGUGACAGUUUCAUGAGGCAUCGCUCUCACUGCGAAAGGCACGGUGGCAUCAGUGGUACUAGCGAGGCCCAAGGUUCAGAAGGGGCAGUUAUUUCCCCUCAAAAUCCUCUUCAGCACCAGCCUUCAGGCAACAAAGGUACUCAAGGCAGCAUUGGAGGCAGAAGUGGAGUUCCAGUUUUGUCUCCACACCACUCCAGUAGUAGCAGCAGCAGCAGCAGUAGUAGUAGUAGAAGUGGAUUGAACAUGGCAGUCCCUGGGUCUCUUUUAGGGAUAAAUCCCCAAAGUGGAAUGUAUGGCCAUGGCCCUGGUGUUCUUGGGCUAGAGGUAAGCCAGAGCGAAUGUGGGGAAGAUAUAAGCGAGGUUUGUAUAGGUGAAAACAGCGUCACUUAAUCAUCACUUUAGCAUCCGUUCAAAAAAGUUAAAUAUUGCCACGUGUGUAUAGUUGUCCGAUCGUGAUAGUGUCCGUGAGCAUGAUCCAUGUAUUAGAUAGGAAAGAAAGAAUUUAUCAAUCUUGGAGCAUUUAUAGUAUGUUGAUAUAGAAAGAGCACUUUGUUGUUUUGUUUUUGUUUUUUUUAUUGAACGAAAUUCUCCUUGGUGCGUUAAUGUAAAAUAGUGCACAGUCCACAGAAUGUUAGAAAAAACUUUCUAAUUUAAAGAUUAAAUAAGAAUUGGACAGUUUGUACAAAAGAAAAAAAUAUAUAAUCCUGAAUAUUAUUGCAGGGCAAGACAUCACAUUACCUCAAAAAGGGAAAUAUCACGCAUGGGCUCUUAUUUACACAUCUGAUGACGCUUUAUGUGUAAAAGCGCAUACCUUCAGGCACUUACAGCAUAUAACGAGAGGACGCAGCUUAUCAUUUCAUCUCGGCUGUUCCGCACAACACGAGGGGAUGCAUUCAGAGUUGGCCACUUAAGUCCAAAAAUUGAUGGAAAUAUUUACAUGAGGAAAGUUUUUAUAUAUUCAGAGAUGCUUUACCCACUUGGUAAGUUGAUUAUCUGGGUAUGCCAUUUAGAUUAUGCAAAUCACCUAUGUGUAGUUCACACCUCCGGAGUUGUCAGAUUUUUCUUGAGUAGACAUGUUAAGGGACAGGGGUUUAUUUAAAAUACUUGCCUUUAAAGUCCCCAUCAAAUCAGUUUUGUGGCUUUUAGUAUGAAUAUGUUCAUCUUAAGGUUGUCUGUAAGAUAGUGUGGUCCAAAACAAUGACAGAAUUCACAUUUAGAAGAUAUAAACAUUUUGAAAAUGUACAGUCUGUCUCUACCACCAAUACAGAUCAGCAGUUUUGAUGCCUUCAUUCUGCACUUCAGCUUCUCAUCAGAUUUCCUGUCCAAUCAAAUGCUCUCUAGAAUCUGACAUGUCCCACCCCCAACAUUGUAAAAACAUUAUACAAAUCACCUUGCUGAAGUUACCUUGGCUGUGAAUUAAGCUAAAUGCUAUUGGCUAUUUAAAAAUUGGGGGGAGCCACUCGAUAUGUCCCGCCAUGACUUCCUGUUUGAGUGGAAAUUAUGUCAACACAUCGAAUAACGCUGCGCGUAUCGAGGCACUUCCUGGGGACGUUAAGUUCCCCAGAAAAUCAGGGAUAGAAAAUGCAGACUGAAGAUGGAAAAAGUCUUUGUUCGUUUUGGGUUUUUUUUCCCUCCCUCGCUUUCAAAUGUAAAACAAUGUAGCGUAAAAUCAAGAAAGAAUUUUAAAAAUAACUAAUAUGAUGUGUUGUGGCCUGGAAAAACCCUUCACCUGGUCAACAUUUGACAUUUUCUACUUCAUGUGUUUCUGAAAAUGGCAAGUGUUCCUGUACUGAAACAAUGUUUCUCUUUUGCACAUAUUUUGUCUAGAAGUAAAGUUUAAUAUCUGGCAAACCCCAAAAAAGGAGAGAAUUUUUUUUUUCAACAAGGCUUCCUCUGAAUUUAUAACCUUCAUACAUGGCCAAAAAAAUGGUACCAUUCCGCCUUAAAAGAAAAAAAUCUUGAAACUUGCAGAAGUGCAGGGUGUUCAAUAUUAUUUAUUUUUUAUUGUAUAUAUUAGAAAGUUUACUUUCGAUUUAUUAUUUAAAAUAAGAAAACAAAUGAAAAUGGCAUGGACAAAAAUAUUGGUACACGUAACUUAAAGUGCACCUAUUGUGGUUUUGAAACGUGCCUAAUUUUAUUUUAAAGGUCUCAUACAAUAGAUUUACAUGCAUCCAAGGUCAAAAAACACUUAAACGUGCUCAUAAUUUAAACUGCAGCAUUACUUUUUUUCCCUAGUGUCAAAAACGACUAGUUAAACGAUUCGUUCUAAAGGAUUCAUUCUAAACUGCUCCUUUCAGAGAGCACAUUCUGCUCUGAUUGGUCAGAUGUCCCAGUCUGUUUUGAUUGGUCUACUGCUGUCAGCGUGUUUCAAAAAGGAAACGCCCACUACCAUAACGACUUUCAGCUCCGUCUGUACGCAAGCAGCCGAUGAAGACCAGAGGCGGGGCUUUUCGUUACAAACCUACGUAGGUUAGUACAGGAAGUAAAGUCUGGAAUUACUAACGACUCGUUUCAGCUGUUCAGAAUCGGCUCCUUCUUUUGGGAGUCAGUAACUCCGUUUGUUGUGCGCUUUGAUUUGUGAAACUUUGCAGACGUUUGUACAUUCACAAACAGCUCUAUAAUACACUACAUGACAGGUAACAUUAGAAAAACCAUAAUAGGUGCACUUUAAUAUGUUGUAGCACAACCUUCGGAGGCAAUGACUGCAGUUAAACACCCGUCAUGACGUGUGAUAUAUUUUAAACAUGUUGCGUUUAUUAGACAUUAAUGCAACAAGAUGUUCACUGCUAUGCAGAGAACUUUCACAAAGUUUGUGUUGGGUCAUUCCAUCUCAACCGGUCCAAUACAGGUUGCUUGAUCAUGUUUAAUUUUACGUAGAACUGUGAGCAAUCUUGAACAUUCCAUUUGGACUUAGAACUUAAGUCAAAGGAACAAGAAUGUGCAAAAUGUUUACACGUCCAUGUACCUUGUAACAUGCUCUAGCAAUCAGUUUUUGUUGCAAGGAGCUAGGACCAUCCUGAGCCGAGAUAUUGAGGUUCCCGUAAACAGCUGGAUAACCAAAAUUUGUUGUGUGCCGUGAAGCAAAGAUGGCCACCAUAGUUAACCCAAGUAAAAUAAAAUAAAAGAUUUUAAAAACUGGUGGUUUUUCAAUGCCAAUAAAUAGAGGUAAUUUCUUAACAAAACAAAAAUAGCAAAAAUUAAAAGUGGACAAGCAAUCAACUUUACAAUUAUUGGAGCACUUGAGAUGGACUGACCCUGUUUUAACGGAUGCAGCUACAUACCCUGCAAGAUAUAGCAUGAAGUUUGUAAUUGAUGGUGUUUCCAGCUGGAACCCGAAUAGACCGCAAGCAAAACAAAACAAUGCAGUGCAUAGAUUGCGUGUAAAAGGUCACUGUGGUUAACACUGUGGUUAGACCUUCAAUAAACGUUGGUUUAAAAAAAAUUUCUCCAGUGACCCAGUCUGCAUCUCAGAUAACCUCAUGGGUUGAGAAACUAUGCCCUAAACUGAUUGUUCUAGAUUACUUAGUCUACUGUGGCGAUUACUGUGAUUUAGAGAAAGUUCUGUGAAGCCCUGGCAUUUGAGAGGGAAUUAUAUUUAUUAUAUGAAGUAUAUUUAUUUGACUUUCCUUCCGAGCUUUUUCCGCAUGGCACUCUCAUGAAAAAAUAAAAUGAUUUAGUAGUGAACUAAAUAGUGCACACGUACAGGUUCGGUAGUGCCGUUCUCUCACAGCAGCUUUUCAGCUCCUCACGGCAUAUCACCCGGCGCAUGAAUAUCCUGUUGUUAAUCACACACAGGUGUCUGCGUUCAUCACAUCGUCACACCACAUGUUCUCCACGACCCCUCUACCCUUUCACAGCCAGACCGUGAUCACAACCUGAGGUACGUCAGUCUUCAGUAAACUCACCACAGGAUGGGCCAUUCUUCCCCACAUUCCAGCAACUUGUGUUUUUAUGAUAGAAAUGAUGCGUUUGGUUUGUUUAUGAAAUUUCCCAGCCUGGGACUUGGCCAUACAUUUUGUAUAGUUCUGGAGAUUUGUACAGUUUUACCUGUUACUAAUACCAAUGUAUAGUGUUAAGCCAUUGGCUUGAUAUUUGGCUUUUGUGUUUUUUGUUUUUUUGUGUUUUUUUUUGUACUAGAAAGAUAAAUAUCCAUUCAAAGUCUUAACACUUCUCUGUAAUAUCUUCAUGUGAUUAUAAACAUAGUGUUCUUACUUUUGUGAGCGUUAGGAAUUAAUUAGAGAUGCACCGAUACUAAAUUUCUCAGCCGAUACCGAUAGCCGAUUAUUCAGAGAGAUAUUGAACGAUAUCUAUAACCGAUGCAGAUAGUUCUGCCUUUUAUGCCUGCUUUUAAAUUAAUAAUAAUUAAUUCCACAAUUCUGAAAGAAAUGCAAAUAAAAACUUUAUUCUGUCCAUUUCA